AUGGAAAACAGACGGAAAACAGUGGAAGAAAACGGGAACGAUGGUGCCCUGGACAAGUUAUAUGAGACAACCAAUAAACAGGAAAGUAAAAUAUCCAGAAACAUAGUAAUUAAUUGGUUGAAAGAUAAACUUCUAUUGAUAUUAUUGAUGUUAGGUGUGGCUAUUGGUUUUGGUUUAGGUUUUGGAUUACGUCAAGCUCCAAAAUCUGAAAGUUUACUGUUAUGGAUAGGUAUGCCUGGAGAAUUGUUUAUGAGAAUGCUAAAAGUAACAUUAUUACCACUACUUGUUAGCUGUAUUAUAAUAGGAGCAUCAUCAUUAGAUCCUAAAUCCAGUGGUAAAGUUAGCAUAGUAUCACUAUCGUACAUAAUACUUACAAAUGCUGUUGGUUCAUUGCUUGCUCUGGCUGUAACCUUUGCUAUACAACCGGGAAAAGAUCAAGCGAUACCAGACGAUCUGAUGUCAACUAGGCCAGACACCAGAAAUCUUAUGACAGAAGACAUUUUCGCUGAUCUCAUCAGGAAUCUAUUUCCAGACAACAUGGUAUCAGCAGCUAUACAGAAGAGUCAGACAGUAUAUACACCCCAGAUGUUUAAUACUGUAGAAAAUACAACUAAUGGUUUGACUAAUGUUACUGUUGAGUUUUUAAAAAGAUCUGUUAAAAGUACUUCGGGUAGUAAUAUUUUAGGUAUUAUUAUUAUUUGUGCUGCCCUUGGUGUAGCUGCUUCACAACUUGAGGAAGAAUCCAGACUAUUUAUUGACUUCUUUAAAGCUAUCUAUGCUGUAAUAGCAAAAGUACUAAAAUGGAUUGUUUGGCUAACACCUAUAGGAGUUGCUAGUUUAAUAGCGGAAUCUGUAUUGAAAACAGAAAGGCUUGAAGAAACAUUUAGUAGUUUAGGUUACUUUGUAUUAACCAUCGUAGUUGGAUUGUUUAUACAUUUCUUUAUAUUUAUCCCUGCUUUAUAUUUCAUCAUUAUGAGGAAGAAUCCUGUUAAUUUCAUAAUUGUCGCUAUGCGACCCGUGUUGACCGGAUUUGCACCUCCCAGCUCGGCAAUUGCAAUGCCAGAAAUUUUUAGAGUUUGCGAUGAGAAGCUGAAUAUUAAUAAAUCAGUAUCUGGCUUUACGGUACCAUUAGCUACAUCGAUAAAUCGUGAUGGAAGCUGUUACUUUAUAGCAGUAACGGCUAUUUAUAUUGCUCAAGUAAACCAAGAUGAACUAAAUGCAGCUACCAUUAUAAUGAUGGCCUUGUUAGCUACUAUUGGUUCGUUAGCUAUUCCAUCUAUACCAAGUGCAUCCGUCGUUACACUUCUGAUUAUAUUAUCAUCUUUAAAUAUGGAAGCUCGGAAUAUUGGGUUAAUAAUGGCAGUGGAAUGGUUCACCGAUCGUCUUCGAACAUCCUGUAAUGUGCUCAGUUCCACGUUGUGUUGUGUAGUGACAAAUAAAUUAUGUGGAUUUGCAAAUAAGAAUAUUGAUAUAGAAACACCAGUAAUUGAGAAAAUACCAAAUCCUGAAGAAACGCGGCUUUAG